AUGGGUUACGAUAACAUCAAUCUUCAACCCAAUUUCAAACCAAUUGAUCAUCUUUAUGAUGAUAGAUUAAGACAAUUCACUGACACUGGGGGUCAAUUUCAUAAUUUGAAUUUACCGAAAUUUUAUGAUAUUCAUCGUCAAGAAAUUCAUGAUUUGAAAUCAUGGAAAGUACCUGAUGAUAGUAAUGGUAAAACUCAACGACCAUUAUUUAAAGAUAUUAAUUUUGAUGAAAUAACUUGGGAUAAUAUUGGUCUUGGAUAUAAUUUUGGACCUUCAUGGAAAACUUUUUGGGUUAAAUUUACUUUGAAAAUCCCUGAAGAGUGGUUAAAAUAUGAAGCAUUAGAAAUUGACUGGGAUCUGAAUUCAGAAGCAUUAAUUUAUAAUGAUAAAGGUUUACCUUUACAAGCAUUCACUGGUGGUGGUCAACGUAAUUUAUUUCGAAUCCCUAAAGAAUAUUUAACUAGUGAUGAACAAUUGUUUUAUAUUGAAGUUGCUUGUAAUGGAAUGUUUGGUAAUGGUGCUGAUGGUGAACCUGAUCCUAAUCGUUAUUUCCGAUUGAGUCGUGCUCAUUUAGUGGUUCCUAAUUUAGAAGCCAGAAGAUUAUUUUGGGAUUUUUGGAUUCUUGGUGAUGCCACUAGAGAAUUCCCUGGAGGAUAUUGGCAAAAAUAUCAAGCAGCAGAUAUUUGUACCCAAAUUAUGAAUACAUUUAAUCCUAAUGAUGUUGAGUCAAUUGGUAAAUGUCGUAAAUUGGCUGAACAAUUAUUGGGGGACAAAAUCAAUUCUGAUGAAGUAUUCCAUGAAUAUCCUAAUGAACGGAAUAAAAGAAUUGAUGUUUAUGGUAUUGGUAAUUGUCAUAUCGAUACCGCAUGGGAAUGGCCAUUUGCUGAAACGAAAAGAAAAAUUGUUCGAUCAUGGACUACUCAAUUGAAACUUGCUGAUGAAUAUCCAGAAUAUGUAUUUGUUGCCUCACAAAUGCAACAAUUCAAAUGGUUAAAACAAUAUCAUCCGGAAAUCUUGUCGAAAAUCCAUGAAAAAUUUGCUACUAAUCAAUUUAUUCCUCUUGGUGGUACUUGGGUUGAAAAUGAUACUAAUUUACCUAAUGGAGAAUCAUUACUUAGACAAUUUGUUUUGGGACAAAGAUUUUUAUUAGACGAAUUUGGAUUUCAAUCUGACAUUUUUUGGUUACCCGAUACAUUUGGUUAUAGUUCACAAAUCCCUCAGAUUUGUCAAUUGGCUGGGAUAUAUCGAUUUUUAACCCAAAAAUUAUCUUGGAAUAAUAUUAAUACUUUCCCCUUGAGUACUUUUAAUUGGAAAGGGAUUGAUGGUUCACAAUUGUUGGUUCAUAUGCCUCCAGCGAAUACUUAUACUGCUGCAGCCAAUUUCGGUGAUGUUGUUCGAUCACUGCGACAACAUAAAAAUCUUCGUGAUGUCCCUGCUGGUAUGUUACUUUAUGGACAUGGUGAUGGUGGUGGUGGGCCCACAGAAGAAAUGAUUGAAAAAUUAAGAAGAUGUCGUGGGUUAGCUAAUAAUUCUGGAUUAAUUCCGUCAGUUCAAUUGGGUGUCACCGUUGAUGAUUUUUAUGAACAUUUAUUAGAAAAAUCUGAUCAAGGAAGGAAACUACCAACAUGGAGUGGAGAAAUUUAUCUUGAAUAUCAUCGUGGUACUUAUACUACUCAAGCCAACAUUAAAAAAUAUAUGAGAUUGGGAGAAAUCAAGUUACAUGAUUUAGAAUUGAUUGCUGGAUUAGUUAGUAUUAAACAUGGUGAUAAAUACAAGUACCCCGGUGCAGAAAUUCAAAGUUUAUGGGAGGAUCUUUGUUUAUGUCAAUUUCAUGAUGUUUUACCUGGUAGUUGUAUUGGGAUGGUUUAUUAUGAUGAAGCAUAUCCUAUGUUGCGUAAAUUAUUGAAACAAGCUGAUAAACUUAUUUUGGAAGCAUUGAAAGUUGAUGUUAAUAGUAAUACUACUUCUGGUGGCGGUGUUGUUAAUACUUUGCCUUGGAAUAGAUAUAAUGAAAUUGUUGAAGUUUCUCGUAAACAAUCACCGGAAUUGUUUGAACAAUUGAUCAAAGAUAAAGUUGGUAUCCGUACCCCAAAAUCAUCUCAAUACAAACAUGAUGAUGAUGAUGAUGAUGAAACUGUUAAAGUUUCGGUUGAUUCUGUUGAUGGAGUUUGUAAAAUUAACAAAAAAGUUGACUAUCCAGCCAGUGUUUCCAAGAUUAGGGGAAGUAAUGGUAACGAUGAUGAUGAUAAUGAUGGUGGAUUUAUUUUGACUAACAAGUUAUUAACGGCCAAGAUUUCAUCUAAUGGGGUUAUCACUUCUUUAUUUGAUGAAGUUAAUCAACGAGAAAUUAUUGAUACAACUGCCACCAAUCAAACAAGUAACGGUAAAAAUUCUAGUAAUGUUGGUGGCAAUCAAUUUAUUUUAUUUGAUGAUGAACCAUUAAAUUUCCCUGCUUGGGAUACUGAAUUAUAUUCAUUAGAAAAAUUCCAAUUUCUUAAUAAUGGUAAAGCAGAAAUUUUAGUUCAAGAUGAAUUAGAAUCUUCAAUUAUUGUUACUCAUGAAAUUUCUCCUAAUUCAUCAAUUGAAACCAUUAUUUCUUUAGCUGGGGUGAAUAAAUACAGUAGUACUUCUUCUGAUGAUAGUGAUAAUAAUUUUAUUAAAUUUUCAUCGACUGUCAAUUGGCAUGAAACUUAUAAAUUUUUAAAAGUACAAUUCCCAACAACUAUUACUACGGCAUUACAAGCCAAUUAUGAAACCCAAUUUGGUAUUACUAAUCGUUCAACUCAUUGGAAUACCACUUGGGAUAUUGCUAAAUUUGAAGUUGCUCAUCAUAAAUUUAUGGAUUUAAGUGAAUUCAAUUAUGGAGUUUCAAUUUUGAAUAAUUCUAAAUAUGGUGGAGCAAUUCAUGGUAAUUUAAUUAGAUUAUCAUUAUUAAGAAGUGCUAAAGCACCUGAUAAUAAAGCUGAUAUGGGGAUUCAUAAAUUUGAAUAUGCCAUUUAUCCUCAUAAAGGUCCAUUAGGUAUUAAUACUGUUAAAGCUGGUUACAAUUUUAAUUAUAAAUUGAUUCAAAAUCCAUAUUCAAAACAAACGGUUGCAAGUUCAUAUUUAUCAUCAGCUAUUAAAUUGAAAAACGAGAAUCAUAAAGAUGGGUCGUUAAUAUUAUCUCAUAUUAAAAGAGGUGAAAAUGAUAUUGAUGUGAGUCAAUAUAAAUCAUUAACGAAAAAUGAAAAAUCAUUAAUUGUUAGAGUUUAUGAAUCAUUAGGUGGGAAUAAUUCCAAGGGACAAUUAAUAAUUGAUGAUAAAUUUUUAGGAAAUAAAAUUGAUAAAAUUUUUAAAACUGAUGGAUUAGAAAAUGAAUUGGAAGAAUUGAAAUUUACAAAAACUCAUGGUGGUAGUGGUGAUGUUGUUGUUACUGAUAUUACAUUAAGAGGAUUUGAAAUUGCUACUUAUAAAAUAUUAUUAAAAUAA